UGCAUAUACAAAGGGGGUGGGUUUAUUUAGAAGGAAAUAGAGGGCAUGGAGGAUUUGGAGAAGAAAUUGAAAAUAUCAUCAGAGGAAGAACAAGAGAUGGAAAAUACCUCCUCCGUCGUAUCCAACCGUGAAAUCGUGUCUUUGCUUCAUCAAUUUCUGAGAAUUCAGCAACAAAGGGCCCAAGCUUAUGCAACCCUCAAAAAGGGCUUUGCUGAAUUGGGAGAUUCCGCUUACCAACAACUUUGCAAUGAGAUCACAGUACAAUUUAACGAAUGUUCGAAGCAAGUGCGUGCGUUGGAGUCAAUAUUUCUCAGUCCCAGCUAUUGCAGAAAUGACUUGGCUGCUUUGCUGAGAUCGGUUCAAGUACAAGAAAAGCAAAAGCUGCAACUGACAGCAACUAUUCAAGUUCUGAAGAAAGCUGGUCGUCCAUCUGAACGAUUAGUCAGCCAUGAAAACUGCAAAUUUAGAAAUCAUAGGCAGCAUGAAUGUGUUCAUGUCCAUGAGAUAACUGAAGCUGCUGGAACAGAAGAAGCAGAAGCAGAUGCAGAAUAUGACAACGCUUUGAAGGAAGCCAUUCAAGGGGUGCAGGAGGCAGUCACGACCAUUAAUGAACAUUUGGAAGAAGUCCGUUAUGAGAUCGCUGCCUUUGAGGCAGAAUGAUUUCUGAGUAGUUUGUAACUUGCCUUCACUUUGUUCUGUUCUCAUAAGAUAUUUGUACAUAUGAAAAUGUUUAUCAAAGAUUGUGAUUGUGAUUA